AGUAGACUUUGGACCCGUUGCAGUUCUCAGCUCGUCCUCCGAGUCCUCCGUUCCGCCGUCUUCCUCUCGGAAAACAUGAAGAUCAGUUUCGCCCCGAGGAGCGUCCCCCUCGCGCGGAGGCUGCAGACCGCUGCCGUGCUGCAGUGGGUCUUCUCCUUCCUGGCUUUAGCACCAACCUGCGUCUUCCUCUUCCUUUACCUCCUCUUCACACGCUUCUGGCUGAUCAGCGUUCUGUACGUCGCGUGGUGGAUCAUCGAUUGUGACACUCCCUCACGGGGCGGCCGCCGGGUGCCCUUCCUGUGCGGCAUGAGAGUCUGGGACCACAUGAGGGACUACUUCCCCAUCAAGUUGAUCAAGACAGCUGACCUGGACCCCAAAAACAACUAUGUGCUGGGUUUUCAUCCACAUGGGGUGCUUGUGGCAGGAGCCUUCGCAAACUUUUGCACCUAUGCCACAGGCUUCAGACAGCUGUUCCCGGGCCUCAACAGCCACCUGCUGAUGUUGCCCCUGUGGUUCAGGACCCCGUUCUUCCGAGACUACAUCAUGUGUGCAGGUUUGGUGCCAUCUGACAAGGAGAGUGCUAGCUAUCUGCUCCGCCAGAGGGGAGGUGGCAAUGCUGUUGUGAUAGCAGUCGGCGGGGCCCCGGAGGCCCUUGAUGCACACCCUGGGACCUAUAACGUGCUUCUAGCCAAUAAGAAAGGCUUCAUUAAGUUGGCCAUUGAACAUGGAGCCCAUCUGGUGCCGGUCUUCUCCUUCGGAGAAAAUGAAGUGUUCGAUCAGGUGGAAAAUCCAAAAGGCACCUGGCUCCGAUGGGUACAGGAGCGACUACAAAGCAUCAUGGGUAUCUCCCUGCCUCUUUUCCACGCGCGUGGCAUUUUCCAAUACUCCUUUGGACUCAUGCCCUACAGAAAGCCCAUUAACACAGUGGUGGGGCGACCGAUCGAGGUGGAGAAGAAUCCGAAGCCCACCACUGAAGAACUCGACGCCCUUCACCAGCGGUACAUGGACGAGCUCGGCGACCUGUUUGAGGAGCACAAGGAGAGCUACGGCGUGGACAAGGACACACACUUGAACUUUGUCUGAUCUGGACUCUGCGCCACACCGGGGGGUGGGCAAUCUCAUCCAGAAAGGGCCGGUGUGGCUGCAGGUCUUUGUUCCAGCCAAGCGGUCACACACCUGAUCCCGCUAAUCAACCAGUAGAUGGAGCCUUUGCUGGGGAACUUGAUUUGGGGCCACAGGUGUGUAACUGCUCGGUUGGAACAAAGACCUGCACCCACACCGGCCCUUUCUGGAUGAGACUGCCCACCCCUGGCUUAGGAGGUAGCGAGGGACGGAGGGCUUGGAGUGUCUGUCAGUCACCAUAUCUCAGGGGUGGGGGGGGCGACCUCUUGCCUUGGUUUACCCGUGCCGUCACUGUAAAUGCAGUUUUGUUCGCAACUUGCCCACCUGCUUAAAUAAAGAUGUAAAAGUGAGUAAUGGUCCCCCAGUGCUGACAUGUUGCAGUGAACGUCCACCUUUCUCCACCCGAGGCCUUCGAUCACACGAGACGAGCAACGCGAGGAGUUGCGCUCCAUUCAAGAACGUCCAGACUCGCCGGCGCCCCAUCGCGAGAGACAGCGAGGCGACGGCAGCGGGCGCAGUAUUUUGUAUGAACUGGUACAGGAGGAUGCAAGUGACCAACAUUGUGCACAUUUACACAUAAUAUUUGAAACGAAACUUUGUCGUGUAGUUUGUCCUGAUGGUUUGCCUGUUGUCUGGGCCAGCCG